UCCCGCCCCGGAUGCCCCCCGCCCCGGCACGCAGCGGGCGGCAUGUGCCCGCGGGGGGGUUGGGUGGGGUAAGGGGGGGCGGCGGGCGCGCCAUGGCGGCGGGGUCCCCGGCUCCUGCGCGGCGGCCCUUGGCGCGGCCGAGUCAGCACCAGCCGCGGCGGCGCUGAGCGCGGAGCCGGCGAGGAGCGACAGAAACGCGCCGCUGUCUGCGGUCCGAGGCGCAGCACGCUGCGUGGGCGGGGAGAGAGAGAAAGGGAGAGGGAGAGAGUGGCAGGCAGGCAGUACGGCGGGGAGCGCGGCAGAUAAAGGACGGGCGGCAGGCAGAGAGAGCAGCGAGCCAGCGGCAGCCGGGCAGGCGCCCAGAGCGACGCGCCAGCGAGGACGGGCAGCGGCAGCGCGGCGGGACCAGGGCGAGGCGAGGAGAGGGGAGCCGGCCCCAGGCGGGGGUCGGGCGGCGCCGCCGCGGCCACCGCGCCCGGCCAGCCCCGCGCCCGGCCAGCAGCGCAGCGCGGCGCGGAUCUCCUCCGCGGAGGAGGCGGAGGCGGAGGAAGAGACCAUGUCUUUCAGGAAGACAGGCACUGUACUGUAACAGCAGCAUAUCUGCAGCAAAAUAAACAAACCAGCCAACCAAAAAAACCAAACAAACAAAAAAAUAACCCGAGCCACCAAGACGCUGGGGGCAGAUCCCGUUUGCAGGCAAGGUUGACUAUGAUUCGUCAAACUCUCUGAAGGACCAGCAUGGAGAUUGGCAUUCUGAACUGUUAAUGGGGACAUGGGACUCACGUUGUCAUUGAUCAUUUGUGUGGACUUAACCAGCGAAGAGCAACAGAAGACGUUAGAAAGACAGUGGGAAUUAUAGCAGUUUUUCAGGUCACCAAAUCUUGUUAUUUUAAUUUCUGUCUGGAAGAAUGUCUGAGCAAGGUAAAUUGAACCAGGAGACAGCAGAGGAAGCUGUGAAAGAGCAGGAGAAUGCCAUCUCUGAAACGAACCCAGACAACUGUAUCCUUAAUAAAUCUGAAAGCUCGGAAGUAGAGGAGAAGGAGGAGAAGCUGAGUGAUGCCAAGACAGAGCUGCAGAAACGAGGUGCAAAUCAGAACCAGCAGAAAAAGAGAUCCAAGUCAGGAGCUAAAGGAAAACUCGUCCGGAGUCUUGCUGUAUGCGAAGAGUCAUCCCCUCGCCCAGGAGCAGAAAAUCUUCAUGAUAAUCAGGAAUCAAUCCAACUGCAGCUUUCAAGUUUUCCUAGCUUGCAAGAAGAAGAUAAAUCUAGUAAAGAUGACUCCGAGAAAGAAAAAGAGAAGGAUAAAAAUAAAGAAAAAGAUAAAAACAGUGAAAAAAACAAGAUCAGAAUGUUAUCAAAAGAUUGCAGUCAAGAGUACACAGACUCAACAGGCAUAGAUUUGCAUGAGUUUCUCAUUAACACAUUAAAGAAUAACCCCAGGGACAGAAUGAUACUCUUGAAAAUGGAACAAGAAAUUAUUGAUUUUAUUAGUGACAACAAUAAUCACUAUAAAAAGUUCCCUCAGAUGUCAUCGUAUCAGAGGAUGCUAGUGCACAGAGUGGCAGCUUACUUUGGAAUGGAUCACAAUGUGGAUCAGACGGGAAAAUCUGUAAUUAUCAACAAGACCAGCAAUACAAGAAUACCAGAGCAAAGGUUUUCUGAACAUUUAAAAGAUGAAAAAGGUGAAGAAUCCCAGAAGCGAUUUAUCUUGAAGCGAGAUAACUCUAGUAUUGAUAAAGAAGACAAUCAGCAAAACAGAAUUCUUCCAUUUAGAGAUGACAGACGAAGUAAAUCAAUUGAAGAGAGAGAAGAGGAGUAUCAGAGAGUGAGGGAGAGAAUAUUUGCACAAGAUUCAGUUUGCUCCCAGGAAAACCUUUUUGUGGAAAACAGUAGGCUGUUGGAAGACAGUAGUGUAUGCAAUGAUACCCAUAAGAAAAGACAGCUGUUUAGGGGUAACAGAGACAGCAUGGGGAAGGCAUCUGGCAGUCGACAGAGCAGUACGGAGAACGAAUUGAAGUGGACAGACCACCAAAGGCCAUGGAGCAGCACAGAUUCUGACAGCUCAAAUCGAAAUUUGAAGCCAGCCAUAACAAAAACAGCCAGUUUUGGUGGGAUAACUGUCCUGACAAGAGGAGAUAGCUCAUCAAGUAACAGAAGUACCGGCAAACUGUCUAAAACAGGUAGCUCAGAGUCUUCCAGCAGUGCUGGCUCCUCAGGAUCACUGUCACGACUACAUCAGCCUCUCCAAAGUGCAUCUCUUGUGCCCGGGGUGACGGCCAGCUCUUCAGGCAACGUGUCCUACCCUGAGAACGGGAUGAAUGGCCAGGUGGCUCCCAGCAACACCAGCUAUAUCAUUCUUCCACUUGAAGCUGCAGGGAUACCGCCUGGCAGUAUCCUUCUCAACCCGCACACAGGUCAACCGUUUGUAAAUCCUGAUGGGACACCGGCAAUAUACAAUCCUCCCAGUGGCCAGCAGACAAUGAGGAGCCAGAUGGUGGGACAGUCUCAGCAGCAGCCUUCAUCCCAGCAGCCUCAGCAGGUUCAGCAGCCACAGCAGCAAAUGACAAGUCACCUUGUCACACAGCCUGUUCAGGCAAUGCAGCCAUCUUCUCAGUCAGUCCAAUAUCCAGCAGUUUCUUAUCCUCCCCAGCAUCUCCUGCCAGUCUCUCCAACGCAGCAGUUUUCUGUGCGAGAUGACAUGACAACACAGUUUAACCAGAUGAGCUUAAGUCGUCAAUCAUCAGGAGACAACCCCGAAUCACCUUCUGGUCCUGUCUACCCAUCGCCUAUCUUGCAGCAGCCUGCCCAGCAGACAGGUUACAUUAUGGCUUCCCCAAGUCAGCAGCUUCCCCCAGGAGGCUUUACAGGUUCAGGUCCACCAGUAUCCCAGCAAGUGCUGCAGCCGCCGCCGCCGCCCCAGGGCUUUGUGCAACAACCACCACCACCACCUGCUCAGAUGCCAGUGUAUUACUACCCAUCUGGUCAGUACCCUACCUCAACAACUCAGCAGUACAGACCCAUUGCCUCAGUUCAGUACAAUGCACAGCGGAGUCAACAGAUCCCACAGACUGCACAGCAAGCAGUGGAGCUGUGGGGCACUGAAGCACAUACUUACAUCAAUUCCUGUUCAGGUUACCAGCCUGUCCUGCCGAACCAGCAGCAGGGGUUCCAGGGUCUCAUGGGAAUGCAGCAGCCACCCCAAAGCCAGAACCUGAUGAAUAAUCAACAGGGAAACCAGGUGCAAGGCAUGAUGGUGCAGUAUCCAGCCAUGUCAUCUUAUCAGGUGCCAAUGACCCAGGGUUCUCAAGGAUUGCCGCAACAAUCAUAUCAACAACCAAUCAUGCUACCUAAUCAAUCAGGUCAAGGAACACUUACAGCCACUGGAAUGCCUGUCUACUGUAAUGUCAUACCUCCUGCCCCACAGAACAACCUACGGUUGAUUGCCCCACACUGCCCCUCCAAUAACGUUCCAGUUAUUUCUGCCAGCUGCAGGACAAACUGUGCAAGCAUUAACAAUGCAGGGUGGCAGGUCAAGUACUGACACUGUGGCUUAGUGUGGAUAUACGAGGAUAGCGGUGCAUUAUUUGACAAAUAACUCAUGGCCUUCAAAUGAAGAGGAAUACAACAGGAUAAUCAGUUGAGGACAUAAGUACUGACUAUGCUCAAGUGAUUUGCUGCUGGAAAAAUCUGUAAAAAAAUCAAAUAAAAUAAAUUUUGAAAAAAAAAAUGUUUGCUGGUUAAUGGUGCAUAUUUUUGUCAUGUCUGCUAGGUAUGCCUUUAUAGCUUAGCUAGUGACAUGAAUUCAUUGAGGUAAGAUUUUUUCCUACCACUGGACACCACUGUGUAGAUUGUAAUAUCCCCAAUUCGGAUUAGUUUUGUACUUUGUGUUGAGUUUGUGAAGCUAAAAGUAUUUAAAAAUAUAAUAAAAUCACAUUGUACCAAAGCUGUAAUGGAAAUGAAAAAAAAUGAAAACAAACAAAAAAAAAAAAAGAAGAAUUACUGAAUGGAAGGAAUAAUUUAUAUACACUAUAGAGUUUUUUUAUGGAUAUAUACUGUAUUGUAGUGCUUAAUCACAAUAAAGAUAUUUGACCUCAUGGAGAAAGGUCAUGUUUCUAC